UUGUUAAAUUUCAACUAUGUAAUGCUCAGUGGUGGUAGAGACGCGGCGACAGAGCAACGCAUGCAUAGAGCGGAAAUGUAAUUGUUUACGAAACUCUUAGUCUAGACUCCUAGGCUAAAGUGUAUAUAAAAAUAUAUUAUAAUAGCUAGCCCAAGUGUUUGUUGAAUCCUGUGAUAUUAGUUAUAAGAGGAAUACGCCGAUAUGAGCAUGGUUGGUGCACCCGAUGUUGUCAAAUCAACAGGAAAACUCGAGGGUUAUUCACCACAUAUCAACGGAAAUCCUGUAUUCACUAUCAGCGAUGAGAUUGGGAGUCCGGAGAACGGAUACACAAUGGGAUCUAUAAACUCCAACGGUGAUCUGAAGAGCCCAGGUGAUCCACCUGACAAGAGUGUCAACGAUGAAGACGCGGAGAAACAACCACUCUCUGGGAAGAAAGAGGAGAAAUGGUACAGCACUCUGCUUCAGGUUGCUGUUCCCUUCUUCAUUGCUGGCUGCGGCACCAUCGGAGCUGGUCUCGUCUUGGGCACUGUUAGAAAUUGGGAUGUUUUCAUCGAGGUGUCAGCAAUAUUCGUUUUAGUGCCAUCACUAUCUGGUUUAAAGGGUAAUCUGGACAUGUGCCUAGCUUCCCGGCUGUCAACUCAGGCAAAUCUAGGAAACAUGAAGUCUCCGCGAGAGGUCAUCUCAAUGGUCGUCGGGAAUAUAUCAUUAGUUCAAGUUCAAGCGAUAGUAGCCGCGACUGUGGUGUCCAUGUUCGCGAUAGUCGUGAACGCUAUCACCGACCGAGCCUUCAACGGCAGCUACAUCCUGCUCCUUAUCUCAUCUGCAGUCUUCACGGCCACCACCACCUGCUUCGUUCUUGAUUUCGUUAUGGUGCUAGUAAUAUUUGGAUCUCAGAAGUUCAAAGUGAACCCAGACAACGUGGCGACGCCACUCGCAGCGUCCAUCGGCGACAUCGUGAGCAACUCUGUCUUGGCCGUCACCGCGCAGUACAUGUUUGAACAGAUAAAAACGUCGUUAUGGCAGCCGAUAGCACUUCUCUGCGUAUACUAUUGCCUGCUACCUAUGUGGACAUUCAUCGUGUAUAGAAACAAGUAUACCAAGAAAGUGCUCACUACGGGAUGGACGCCGGUCAUCUCAGCUCUCUUCAUCAGUGGUAUUGGUGGCAUCGUGUUGGAUCAGGCAGUGGACCAGUAUCCCGGAUACGAAGUGUUUCAGCCGAUUGUUAAUGGAAUCGGCGGUAAUCUGGUCUGUGUACAGUCAUCCCGGCUGGCAACCAAGCUUCACCAGACGGCAAUACCUGGCCAAUUGCCCGAGAACACCAGGAUCAUUGAGUGGCCGUGGAGGACACUAUUCUAUGGAACUGCUGCAGCAAAAGUGGCCCGAAUGCUGUUACUUUUGGCCGUAUUCGGUCAAGUUAUAUUCAUGAUCGUCGCAGACUUCGUGUUCCAGGGAUUCGUGUCCAUCCAAGUUGCCUUCGGUAUCACCUACGUUUUAUGCUCUGUUGUGCAGGUGAUGGUAUUGCUUUACCUAGCUUACAUGCUGAUACACUUCAUGUGGAAGAAGAAGAAAGAUCCGGACAAUGCAGCCAUACCUUACCUCACAGCGCUUGGAGAUCUUUUAGGUUCUGUCUUCCUGGGCUUAGCUUUCGUAAUCUUAUCAAUCUUCGGUCAACAAUAUGGCAGCAACGUGCCAGGUGCUGGUACUUAAUGAUUUGUAACAUAACAAUGUGAAAUCGCUCACAAAGCUGAAAUCUUUGUCAAUUUAAAACUUUGGGAAAUUUAACGCGCUUUACCAACCAUUUUACUAGUAUGGUAGUAGUAUGGUACUAGGACGCAAAAUGAAGUGCCGGCUGAAAUCUUGAGAAGAGAGAUUUUUAUCAGAUUCUUACACCUUAAGCUUGUGUGGAAUAUUUUAAAUGCACGUUAAAAAUUGAUGAAUUUUUUUAAAUCUAGAUAUAAAAACGCCUUUAAUGGAAGGUUUGUUGUUUCUAUCUUUAUGAUGAAAUGGAUGUAAUUAAAGAGUUUUAUCAAAAUAUAUUGAUUAAAUCGACAUCAUUGUUACCUUGUAUUAUAAGCUGUGUAUAGUUUUUAAUUUUUUAUUUUUAUACAAUUAUAGUUUAACCAAAACAUAAUCAUCACAGUAUUGUUUUAAUAUCUUACAGUUUUAGAGUGAUUACGAUGUAGUGCCAAUGUAUUUAGAUGAUAUUGUCGUGUUAUUUUAGAAGGCCAUUUAAUAACAAUCGUAGACGUUCCCAGAACGAGUGUAGGGCUAUCUGUGAUAUAUUAUAUUCAAAAAUGUGAUUUAUUGCAAUUAUUAUCAUUUAAACAGGUAAUGGUCGGAAAGUGGACAAUAACGUUUUACGUAGCGUGUCUAACAAAGUAUUAGUAUAAAUAUCCUGUAUGAUUAAGCUUUGCCCUUAGUCUCUCUUUUCACUACGUGUUCUUUAGAAUAAUUUAUUGCUUCAUGACUUAUACAUUCCAUUACAUUAUGUUUUUCAUUGAGCUGUCAUUUAAAAUUAUACUUAUCAAAAAGCAUCCUUUUCGUGAUAUAACUACUAUAAUAAUAUGUGGGUCUCCUAUUACAUGUUUUCGAUUCUGAAGGUAUGAAAUAAAAUGUAGUUCAACUUAACUAUAAAAUGGUCAGCUUCAAUAAUAAGUUAUUUAGUUUAGAAAAGGAGUACAAUAAAGUAAUCUAUAGUAUUAAGUAAACUAAAGACAACAUAUUGCCGUCGAAAUGAUAUCUUAUUGAGAAUUGUAUUCAAUUGUGUAUGUUUGUGUGUUUGUGUUUUGAUUCCCAACUAAAUGUUUGAAAUUUUUGAUCUACCUCUGUGCAGUUACUUUGAAAUUUAAAUAUUUAAAAUAAUAGUUAAAUUCAGAUUUCAGACGUAUAGAAAUCAUAAAAUAUUUGUAAGAAAAUAACCGAUUGAUAUUACUGUUAACGUGCUACGCGAAUGAGACCACUUUUUAGUAUUUAAGUUAUAUUUUUGGAUGAAUGAUGUGAUAAAUGAUAUUUUAUAAUGUACAUAAUUGUUAUGUAGUUUGUAGUGAAAAGUUUGCUGAUAGAACAGAAUUAUAAAAUAAAUGGUCGUUUUAUAUGAUGACAUUGGUUUGUGAAUUUAAAGUCAAAUAUUUUUAAAUAAAUGCGCUUAUAGGUUCUGUGCUUAUUUUUUAAGCUCAGAGCAAUAGAUAUAUUGGAAUAAACGUUUAACUUCAUUCUUUGUGUUCAUUUUUUUUUCUUUGUGAACUAAAUACUAUCAGCAGCGUCGUAUAAUCCCGUGCGAUGAGAAUGAGAUAACCCACAAUCUUAGUCGUGUUCUGUCUUUUUUCCAACGCGCCGUUAUAUUUGAUAAGUAUAUUAUUUAAAAAAAACUUGUAUUAUAAACACCGCGUAUUAAAGAAACUGAACUCAAUAGUCGAGAUACCCAGGUACCAAUUUGCAACAUCGAAGAUACGGAACCUUGCCAGUCUUUUGGUAAUAUUUAACUAGUUAUCAGUAUUUUAACACUUAAAGCGCAACAAUAGGUCAUAAUAGCUUAGGUUAUCUCUUGCGAUCAUCAACAGCAGAUUUAAUAUUGUUACCUACCAUAAAUUAUGUUUUAUGUACAAAUUUUGUUAUGUAAAUAAAUGAAAACUUACAA